UCAUAGCUGUGACGUCCGCAUGUCUGUUGUACUCACCUGUGGUCACGCACAAGGUGCUCCACCUAGAUCUCUUUGGUUACCUUCCUGCUGUGAAAAGCAGUGCAUCAACACACGUCUCAUACACAGCCCCUGAAGACCAGGCUUCAGCUCAGUGGAAUGAUGAUGACACAUUCAGCUGUAAGUGUCCAGCCAGCCAUGGUUGUGACCACUGAUAACUUGAGGCAAAACCAGUGGACCAGCGGAGUGUGUGACUGCUGCGAAGACAUGGGCAUUUGUUGCUGUGGUUUCUGGUGUACAUACUGCCUCAUGUGUAAGACCAGUGAGGAUUUUGGAGAGUGUCUCUGUCUCCCCUUGCUGGAGAUAUGCUUUGGAGGCAUUUUGCACCCUAUUACUUUCGCCAUGAGGAGCAGUAUGAGAGAGAGGUACCACAUUAAGGGUUCGAUACAAAAUGACUGCUGCGUGGUGACCUGUUGCCCUGUGUGCGUCUGGUGUCAGAUGGCGAGAGAGCUGAAGGCUCGACGGCACUCCCUAGUGGUCAUUAACCAAACCAUCAACCCAGUACACCAGCAGCCACAAGCUUUUAACCAGCCAUCUCAAGCCGUGAAUAUGGGCUACCAGCCUCCACACGCCGUAAAUGUUGCAUACUAAUGACUUCAGUGCAUAUGUGCACAUCUGUUUCUUUAACCUCAAGCUCCCCAAAGAGCAAAACCUGCUGUUUUGUUGAAGUAACAUAGUGGGGUCAGGAAAUCUGUUGAGUUCAAUCUUUAUACCUAACCUUCCAGUUUAAACUCUUCAGGAAUUUUUUUUUUUUUUUUUCUUAACAAAACAAUAUUUAAU